AUUCAUUCAUUCAUUUUCUUAUUCCACAGGGCCAAGCGAAGAAAGAAAAUGAAGUCCAUCCUGUUUUCUCUCCCCCUAGCAUCCGCAGGCACGGUGCUCUGGAGCGGUCUCUUCAACGAGACCUUUACGGUGGACGAUUUCGACGACUGGUCUUGGUCCAACCAAAUCGAGCCAUACCAAUGGUACAUCCACGGCUCCAACACCACAAGCCACUACCUGGGCCUCUCCCCGGACUUCAAGAACCCCAAUUCCACGCUCGAACACGAGACACAGGGCAUCCGGAUCACCAUUGACGACACCUCUUCGUGGAACGGCCAGCCCAUGAUGCGUUCCGAGCUCAUCCCGCAGACCUCGAAGGAUCUGGGCUCCGGCAAGCUCUUCUAUCAUUUCUCGUUGCAGACCCGGGAAGAGAACUUCCCGACGGCAGACCUGGAGCAUCAGAUUGCGUUUUUCGAGAGUCACUUCACCGAACUCAAAUACGGUGGCGCUAGCGCUGGCUCUCUUGCUUGGUUUGCAGGCGGAGCGGCCCACUGGUCGACGACCCUGGAGGCCGGAACAUGGUAUAACUUUGCGUACGCGAUUGACUUUGGCGCGCGCACGGUGGGCUUGUAUGCGUCUCUGGGGGCGGAUGCGCUCCAGGAAGUGGUUGCGCCGGUAAGUGCGUCGACGUCAACGAACUCGGCGGACUGGCAUGUUGGAGAGUUGCGGUUGGAUAAUGGACCGCAUGGACCGGCGGAGGAUUGGUACUGGUCUGGGGUUUAUGUGGAGAGUGGAGCUAUUACGACGGAGGUUUAGCAUGUGUUUGCUGCUUACUUGUAAGCUGGUAUAAGGGGGUGAGUGAGGUAGGUAGGUGGGUAAGAAGAUGGGUAUUGUAUAUAUGCUCUGCUAUACUAUAUGUAUGCACUAGCUUGGCUGGCCGGG